GGGAAACUGGCGCGCUACCGCCGCCAUUACGGCGCCGCUUCACGCGCGAGCUUUGCUGGAGACGUUGGAGCAGGAAAAAGAGCCAAAAUGGAGCAGUUACAUGUAGAAAAGGGCCAAAUGUAAAUUGAGAGCGCGCUGUGUCAUGUGAGUUUUGUUUACAUCCGCCAGAAGUCCCUCUCCACGUGUAGCGUGGACCCCCAGGCAAUGGCUGCCGUGAACUCCAUCAAACCCUUCAGCCCAGAGGAGACCAGACGGAUUUUGGAUCAUUUGCGGCAUCCUGCAGUUUUCCUGAACAUGACCCAGGGCUGGCCUGUUCUCCACUGGACUGCACAGCAUCUGUCAGGCUGCCUUCAAGACAGGCUGAUCCGAUUCAGGCUCGGAAGGAAAGAGGCAACAAACACUCCUCUGUUUGAGACUCAGUGUUCGUACAUCGAGGCCACAGUGGCUCAGUUUCUGCGCUGGACUCAGCAUCAGACCGAUGUGGGGUCUUUCUCUGAAUACCCCUGCUCAAAGUAUUGGGCUUAUGCUGACUACAAGUACAUCACCACGCUGUUUCACGAUCAACCUUCCAUGUUCGAGGAUGUAAAGUGGUCUGAGUUUGGCUUUGAGGGACGUAACGGGAAGGAGAGCACUCUUUGGAUUGGCACAGAAGGAGCUAACACGCCGUGCCACCUGGACACCUACGGCUGUAACCUGGUGCUGCAGGUUCAAGGACGGAAACGCUGGCAUCUGUUCCCUCCGGAAGACACGGCGAAGCUUUACCCGACCCGGAUCCCCUACGAGGAGUCGAGCAUCUUCAGCCAGGUCCACGUUCUCCACCCGGACCUGAGGAAGUUCCCGCAGUUCCAGGGGGCCAGGGCCCACACGGUGACUCUGGAGCCCGGGCAGGUUCUUUAUGUCCCCAUGCACUGGUGGCACUAUGUGGAGUCAAUGGAUCCCAUCACCGUCAGCGUCAACUCCUGGAUCGAGCUGGAAGUGGACGACGCAGCUCGAGUCGGCGAAGCCGUGACCAGGACGGUUGUGUGUGCGAUGAAAAACGCUCGGAGUGACGACAACACCGACGCCUGGCUGAACCCCACCGAGGAAGGAAAACUCUCCCAUGAAGAAAACAUGCAGUAUCUCAACCUGGCAGUGUCCGCUCAGAGAAAGAGGGGCCUCUUCCACGGGAAGCCCAGCCCGGACCCGAGGCCCACUCAGCCUGCCAAACGGGACUCAUGUGGACGACUAAAGCUCAGAGGAGACGGGGUCGAGGUCCCUGCGUCCGUCCGACUCCCGUUCGGGCAACAUCUCAUCCCCGUAACGUGUCAGGAAGACGAACCGGAGAAAACGGCUGGGGAGGAUGUUGCUCCUGGCGCAAAGGGGAAACACACACAUGGCGCUGAUUUAACUCAAUUUAGCUCAUGCGAUUCAGCGACGGACCGCGGGAAUAAUCAGGGCUCGGGACCUUCGCCGAUUACCACUAACGACCUGUUAGACUGCCUGGUCCAUCCCGACGUCAUCAGCCGUGUGACAGAGCUUCUCCUGGAGCGGCACGGAGGCGGCCAUCUUUAAUCUUUAAUCUUCAGCCUUCACCUGCCGCAGACGGGACGCGCUCGGUGUCGAACAUGGAUCUCCAGCAGCAAACUGCUCACUUCCUGUUGUUAUGUGACACCUUUCAUUUGUGCCCUCAUUCUGGGAUCCUCGCGCUGCAGACUCCAAAUUUGAGCAAACGCAAUUAUGUGGUGAGUCAUGGCGACGAGUGGCCCUGACAUUUCCUCCCUGUGUCGUCCAGAACAUGCUAAUCUGGUUUAGCAGAGGAAAAAUGACCGCCUCCAUCAAGUUAGCAUGUUAAUGCAACAAAUAAUUCAGAAUAAUAUUCCUCUGGUGGAAGCAUUUGUUCUCUCUGUGAUGUUUUGUUGUCAUUUAGCGCUAAAAAAAAAUUGGGUCUCAACCUCCGUGACUUCCUGGUCGUAAUGGUUUCAGGAUGUAUGAGAGUCCAACGUGACUGAAACUGACCAAAAUGUUUCAGACUUCUUAUUUGAUUUUACAUUUUGUUCUUUGCCUAAAAAUCCGUUUCUGUAAAUUAGAAUAUAAUUGAAAAGUUCAGAUAUUACAUCAGAACAAUAAGGAAAAGGGUUUCUAAAACAGAAAUGUUAUGGUUCAGUCAUCGACAACCUUCACAAGAACAAGGCUCUUCUUGAAAAUCUGUGCCCACUCGUAUGUGGUGGGAAGUUUAGUGGAAGGAAAAGCUGAAAGGUACGUUUUGGAACGCAUCACCUUCCCUCUGUUGACAAGCUUUUGGAAAUACACAUUUUAAUUUUUAAUACAAUUAGGCAAAAAAAGAAAAAAACCUCCCUAAUGACCAUUGUGCCACUGUGCUUGAUUGGCCAGCAAACUAAACGGACGUAAUAAACAAGGUGUGUUUUAAGAGUAGGAUGAGAAACUAAAGACCACUGUUGAAGCAGUCUGGCCUUCCUUAAAACCUCCAUGGCAUGCUGCAUUGAUGCAGUAAUCAUGAAAAACAUUGAGCUUUUUAUAUAAUGCGUUGUACAGGGGAAUUACUCUUCACUAGGUUGACAUUUUGUUUUAAAAAUGCUUAUAUUAGGACUUUUCUGCAAUUCUAAAUUUUUCAGAAACUCAAUUUUGGGUUUCCGUUGGCUGUAAGCUACAAUUAAACAGAAAUAAACACUUGAAAUAUA